AUAAACUCUUAUCAUCACAACAAUCACUAAAUUCAAAUAAAGAUCAUGGCGACCUGUUACAACAUUAUUAUUCCUUUCAAUUUUUAUACGAAGGUAAGAGAGAAAGAGGACCUCCAUUAAUUUUUACCUUGACAUCGUCAAAUUUUUAUAAUUCCGUAAUGGCGUCCAUUUCUCAUCUUUCUCCAGCUAUCAUUUUUUUUUUCAGUGAUUAGAAAAAUCUUUGUUGAUUUGGGAGUUUAAUUUCAGAUUUUAAUUAGUUGUUUCCAGUUGCAGAACAGAAAAAUUAUAUUAGUUGAUUUAUUAUUCAAUUGACUUGUUUUAAUCAAUUGAUGAAUAAACUCUCUGCUUUGCCUUGUAUGAAGUGAUUCCCUAAAACAGAGAGAUUUCUGGGUUUUAGGGAUUUGAGUGUUGUUUCUGUUAUACAGAAACAAAUUCAAACAAGGCAAAAAAAUGUCGGACUCGCCAACUUCUUCUCCACCAGCACCAUCCGCUGAUUCCGCUCCGCCGCCGGAUACCUCAUCCGACGGAUCUGCUGCUCCUCCACCUACGGAUUCAGCACCACCUCCUAGUCCACCGGCUGAUUCAUCUCCGCCUCCAGCUCUUCCAUCUCUUCCGCCAGCUGUCUUUUCUCCUCCGCCAACUGUCUCAUCCCCUCCUCCUCCGCCGCUUGAUUCAUCUCCUCCUCCGCCGCCUGAUUUAACCCCGCCGCCAAGUUCUCCCCCUCCCCCAGAUGCUCCGCCGCCGAUUCCCAUCGUGUUCCCUCCACCGAUAGACUCACCGCCGCCCGAGUCCACCAACUCCCCUCCACCUCCAGAGGUGUUUGAACCACCACCGCCUCCGGCCGAUGAAGACGAAAGCCCUCCUGCUCCUCCACCUCCGGAACAAUUACCUCCUCCAGCGUCUUCACCGCAAGGAGGACCCAAAAAACCAAAAAAACACCAUCCAGGACCAGCCACAUCUCCUCCUGCUCCUUCAGCACCAGCCACAUCUCCUCCUGCUCCUCCAAACGCGCCGCCACGUAACAGUUCCCACGCACUACCACCUAAGUCUACCGCUGCAGGUGGACCUCUCACCUCGCCAUCUCGCGGAGUCCCCAGCAGCGGAAACUCUGUCCCGCCACCUGCAAAUAGCGGUGGCGGCUAUCAAGGGAAGACUAUGGCCGGUUUUGCAAUAGCCGGUUUCGCAGUCAUCGCCUUGAUGGCCGUUGUGUUCUUAGUCAGAAGAAAGAAGAAGAGAAACAUUGAUGCCUACAGUGACUCACAAUACUUGCCUCCUUCAAACUUCUCCAUCAAAUCAGAUGGAUUCUUAUACGGUCAAAAUCCUACAAAGGGAUACUCUGGUCCUGGUGGUUACAAUUCACAACAACAAUCAAAUUCCGGAAACAGCUUCGGCAGCCAACGAGGAGGAGGAGGUUAUACACGGUCAGGGAGCGCACCUGAUUCAGCAGUGAUGGGAAGUGGUCAAACACAUUUCACAUAUGAAGAGCUAACGGACAUAACAGAAGGAUUUUCUAAGCAUAACAUACUUGGAGAAGGAGGUUUUGGUUGUGUGUAUAAAGGUAAAUUAAAUGAUGGAAAACUUGUUGCUGUUAAGCAGCUUAAGGUUGGUAGCGGACAAGGUGACCGUGAGUUUAAGGCGGAGGUUGAGAUUAUUAGCCGUGUUCAUCAUCGCCAUUUGGUUUCUCUUGUUGGAUACUGCAUUGCGGAUUCAGAGAGAUUGCUUAUCUAUGAAUAUGUUCCUAACCAAACAUUGGAACAUCAUUUGCAUGGGAAGGGAAGGCCAGUACUUGAAUGGGCUAGGAGAGUCAGAAUUGCUAUAGGUUCUGCCAAAGGUUUGGCGUAUUUACACGAAGACUGUCACCCAAAAAUCAUUCACAGGGACAUAAAGUCCGCUAACAUCUUGCUGGACGAUGAGUUUGAAGCUCAGGUUGCUGACUUUGGACUUGCCAAACUCAAUGAUUCAACACAAACUCAUGUAUCAACUCGCGUUAUGGGAACCUUCGGGUACUUGGCACCAGAAUAUGCACAAAGUGGAAAGCUGACUGAUAGAUCAGAUGUUUUCUCGUUUGGGGUUGUUCUCUUAGAGCUUAUAACAGGACGCAAACCUGUUGACCAAUACCAGCCUUUGGGAGAAGAGAGUUUGGUUGAAUGGGCUCGUCCUCUGCUUCACAAAGCCAUUGAGACCGGUGAUUUCAGUGAACUAGUUGAUAGACGGCUCGAAAAGCAUUAUGUGGAGAAUGAAGUUUUCAGAAUGAUUGAAACAGCUGCUGCUUGUGUUAGGCAUUCAGGUCCAAAACGUCCACGUAUGGUUCAGGUUGUGAGAGCAUUGGAUAGUGAAGGGGACAUGGGAGAUAUCAGCAAUGGUAACAAAGUGGGACAAAGCAGUGCUUAUGACUCUGGUCAGUAUAAUAAUGACACCAUGAAGUUCAGGAAAAUGGCAUUUGGUUUUGACGAUAGCUCGGAUUCCGGGAUGUACAGUGGAGACUACUCUGUCCAAGACUCCCGGAAAGGAUCCAACGGAGCUUCCUCUGAGUUCACAAGGAAUGAAACCGAGAACCGAAACUUCAAUAACCGGCGCUACUGAUCCAAAAAUAGGUCAACUUAUACCUAAUCAUCCCUCAUGCUUGAGCUCUUUGUACAGCAUUAAUGCUCUCUUUGAAUUUUUUGUGUGAAGAUACGUUUCUUGCUAGCCGCUACCUUUAGUUUUGCUCCAUAAUUCCCAUUUGCCUCAAAAGACUUAUUAUAGGUGAGAACAGAGAAAAGCAACCAAAAAAGAAAAAGAACUCAUAAAAGUUCUUAAAGAGUGAUUUGAAUCUUGUUUGCUUUUGUUUGCUUCUCUGUGUUGAGUUUCGGAUUUUUUGUUGAGUGUGAUAACAUAAAUGAAGAACUCCAUCUUCUGAUUUUUUUUUUUU